UUUCAUUUUGUGGUUUCCUCUUUAAUAUUUCAGUCGUAAAUAUUUGCCGAUCAAUUGUCUUGAAAAGCGACAAAGUGAGAAAGAUGCCAAAGAAGAUUAUCACGUUUUGAGAAAUAAAUGUCAAACACAGUGUCAGAAGAUUGGGGAAAAAACAUGAGCUCUGAUGAAGAUGUGGCAGCUGCAUCCAGACAUACUCUUUUCAUAGGGAAGAAAGAGAAUAUAAUUCAAUCCAGACGAGUGGUGAAGUCAGUUGGUGAAAGAGAUGUUCUGGUGAUUUACCACCAGGGGGACUUCUAUGCUAUUGAUGUGCGCUGCUAUCACUCUGGAGGUCCACUUCAGGAAGGAGAUAUAGAGGACUUUGAUGGACGGACAUGCAUAGUGUGCCCGUGGCAUAAGUAUAAAAUUACAUUAGCUGAAGGUGAGGGUCUCUAUCAGGCAGUGGACCCUUCUGUGAAGCCCCUGAAACCAACCUGGUGCUCUAAAGGCAUUAAGCAAAGAGUCCACACAGUGACAGUGUCUAAUGAAGAUGUGUUCCUCACCUUAAAUGACUCUCCAGGACCCAUUGACUCUGAUUACUAUCAGACUGAGAAAUAUAGAAACACCUUCCUGAAAGAAGGGCAGAAGAAAACAAAGUGACCUCAGGGGAAGAGAUAUGAGAUUAGUGAGUGUCUCAGGCAUCAGCUGAUCAGCAAACGUGUUCUGCUGAAUUAGUUUUUAUCUGUCUCUGCUGGAAAACCUAGUUAAGUUAUAAAGCUGGUCUAGCUGGUUUGUAACCAGUCACCAUUUUCCAAAAAUCAGCCUGACCACCUAGUUUGUUGCAGGUCCAAGAUGGUUUACCAACUAAUGAUUAUUUUAGACCAACUAAAAACCAGCUAGCAUGUCCCAAAACCAUUUUCGAGUCUGGGGCCUUUUUCACGGUACUUUGUCACAAGUGCUUUUUAAUGGACAAAUAUGUUACUUAUGAACUAUAUUUGAAUCCACCUACAUUUUCAAUGUUUAGACAGACCUUUGUAGAUGUUGGCUUGAAAUAUGAACUUUUUAUUUUAUCAUAA